AUGGGAAAAGACGGCCAGGAUGAGCAGCUGGUUGCAGACGACGCAGAGGGCGGGCACCUGCAGCGGUGGGCGGUGCGGGUGUCCGCGGGCGUGAUAGGCCUCCUGCUGAUGGCGGCGGCGGGGAUGCUGCUGCGCGCCGUGGAUCACCGCUACCCCGCCUCCAGGCUGUGGGCGGCGUCCUCGGGUGCUAAACUGAGCAUAGGAGUCCUACUGACAGACACGCCCCUGGACAAAGACCUCUUGCGGGCGGCGCUGAGAGCGGCACGGGAACAGCACUCUGCCAGCGCCAGACUGAGCGACAUCCACGUGAAGCAGGCACAGACUCAUGGCACUGCCUUGGGUGCCAUCGAUGCUUUCAAGAAAUUAUGGAAUGAGGGCGUGAAAAUAUUCUUGAUUGGCGGUGAAAACAGCGACAUUCUGAGAGCCUUGUGUAAACACAUCGAGAGCAGCGGCCACGCGGGCCUCCUAGUGUCUCCUGAGGCUAUGGUCUCACGAGACGUCUGUCCGUGUCUGGUGUCACUCUCGCCGGCCCAGGAGGCAGUGGUCGUGGUCGAAGCGGGGCGAUUUCUGGAAGCGAAGGUGAGCCAUGUGGUUCCCGUUGUGACCACGUCCGAAGCCGGCCAGUUGACGCAUUUGGUGGAGGCCGCGGAAGCACGGAACCUCUCCGUGACUCCUGCGGUGCUCCUGGACCCUCAGCACAUCUCCUUGGCACAGCUAAAAGAGAGACUAGCAGAGUAUCCUAACGCAGGUGUAUGGAUAUCCUUGGGAUCUGACCUGCCGCACCUUUUUGCUGAAAUGAGCUAUCUGGUCUGUGGCCGUCUGGUGAUGAUCCACGCGCACGCCGCUCAGCGAGCCCGUCUCCUGCGGCAUCCCCUCGCACGGGAAGCAGCCGAAAAGUGUGGUGUGUGCAGCGCGGCGUGGGCGGGCUCCACGAGGGUCGAUACAUCCGCUCGCCGCCGCCUCCUGGAUGACCUGCAACCUGAGGACCCAUUAUUUGCCUCCCUCGCCUACGACAUCACUGGUCUGGCUCUGGCGGCUCUCACCGUCGGUCGUGAUGCUUCAUUGCCCGAGCUAAGAGCCCAACUGCUGAACCAUGACAGUCUCAAUGGCGUCACGGGUAGCAUGAAGGACGGCAGAAGAAGCGGAUGGGUGGCUCGCUUAAGGCUUGUAGCGCAACGCCUGGUAGGGUGGGCGGUUCUUCAGGAUACGCCAUGGCUGCUGGAGGGAUCCACACAGGUCGCGAGCGAGGAUGAGGGGCCAUGGGCAACUGUCCAGGAAACCCACGCCCCGACACACAUGGUGACGCAGGAAGAGAUAUUGGACAUUAUUAAUCGCGGACGAUGUAACAGAAGCGCGCGGGUCGAGGUGACGGCGCACGACCCUCUCACCCACCGCGCCGUCACCACGUCUUGGUCGCCUGCAGAAGCUCCCUACUUGCUACUCAUCCCCAACGGUUCCCCGAACGGAUUCACCAUCAAAGCGUGGUGCCACGAGCGCGAUGGAAUCCCGAGCAUCGAGGUGGGCUGCCACGGAGCCUCGAAGCACAGCGAGGCGCUGGUGUGUGCCUUCGCGACCAUGGACAGGGGGCGGCGGGUCGUCCGGAGCAUCCUCACCAAGCACGUGUUUCCUUUCAGGCGGCAGCAGUACCACAGACAAAAGGCGUAUCAAGAACAGAUAAAUCGGCGACAGGAUUAUUAUCAACUGCAAGGCCAGCAACAUUAUGAGCAACAUGGCCAACAGCAGGGCUACCACGAACAGCAACAGCAGGGCUACCACGAACAGCAACAGCCGGCUACCACAGCAACACAACAGCAGGGCUACCACGAGCAGCAGCAGCAGGGCUACCACGAGCAGCAACAGCAGGGCUACCACGAGCAGCAACAGCAGGGCUACCACGAGCAGCAACGGCAAAGUUAUGAGCAUCAGUAUUACCAGGACCAACAGUAUCAGCAUCAAGAUUAUCAACAGCCACAAUAUCAGCAACAAGACCACCAGGAAGACCAAGCGGAACAGUACCAACAGGAAGAGGAAGAACCGCAAGAACAGAAGGAGCAAGACCCGCCCAAAAUGCAAGCAAACCGUCCCUUCCGCGGCGGUCCUUUCAGCAAAGCUUUCAAGAAACUGAAAGCGUACCUCACCCAUGAAGACUUCAAGUCGAUGAUCCCACAAAUCGGCGGUUGUGUUGGGGCUACAGGAGGAUGCACGUUUUGCUUUAUGUACCUCCUGUACAAUGACGUGGGAGUCAGUCCUGGCGUGUGCUACGGUGCCUGUUCCGUGGCUGUGGGCGGUUCCUGUACAACGCUGCUGGCGAAGGGACUGCAGUACCACCUCGACCACACCGUCAUCUGUUCGGAGCUCUUUAGCCAAGGCCACCUCUCCCUCACCUCGUACCUGGCAGAUGCGACCUUCGGCUCCCGACUGGCGGCAUCCAACCCGCGCGGCCUCAAAGGUUAUCAGAUCCUAGCCACACCUAUCGUGGCUGCCAUGCAGGUGUCUCCAGGCGUGACCGCCGUGGUCGAGGCUGUCUCUCAGCCCUGGAUCAGACACAUGGAGUACGAGGAAGGCCUCCGAGCUGCCGAUGACGUCGUCGGUAGUCUCAUGACGUCUUUGGGACUCCCGGUGUGUUCCCUUGUGGCAAUGGCAAUAGACCACGUUGACGCCAUUGUUCUUGUUACGAUGACCGCUGCCUUGUGGCGGCGAGCGAGAUCUUGA